CCCACAUACUCAGCAGAAAAGCAAACACAGAGACGUAGGCGUAAUAUUCACAGUCACACCCACAACAGCACGCAGUAUCUUACAGUAACAGCUCACAUGCUAUGCUUUGGUGGUCAUGAUGUUUAUCUCAUCUGUACAUCCAUAGGGACACAGAGGUUUCCAAGGCAACACAGGAGACACAGGAAAAAUGGGAAACUGGGGGGUGCGUGGAGAAACCGGAGAUUAUGGAAACAUCGGAGAAACCGGCCCCAAGGGUGAUGGGGGCAUCAAAGGCGAACAGGGAAUGAGAGGACUCUAUGGCCAAGAGGGAGACAGGGGCCCUAAGGGCCUGAAAGGAUUACCAGGUGCCGCAGGCUUCAAGGGUGUGAGCGGACCGUCGGGGGAUUUGGGGCCUAAAGGAGCGCAGGGAGAAGUGGGUGCCUCAGGUGAAACAGGGUUCGAGGGUAUUGCAGGAUACGAGGGCGUGAAGGGAGAAGAAGGCCGGACUGGUCGAGAUGGACCCCUUGGACCCCAAGGGUCCCAGGGUAUUGUUGGUGAUCCUGGAGAACGUGGAGCGGCAGGCGAGAAGGGAAAACCUGGUGUUCAAGGAAGACAGGGAAGACUUGGUGGCCUAGGAGAAAAGGGAAUUGUGGGAGAUCCUGGUUUGCCAGGGAGAGAUGGAGAUUCUGGUGUGGAGGCCUACCAAGGACGACAGGGCAAAGAUGGCAGGGGUGGACUGCUUGGAACAAGGGGUGAGAAGGGAGCCGUGGGACCUCCUGGGAACAUGGGACCCCAAGGCCAGACCGGCCUGAGAGGUUACAAGGGUUCCGCCGCGAAGCCAGGAAGGCCUGGAUUUAUCGGACCCCCAGGACCCACGGGACACAUAGGAUUACCUGGCCGCCCCGGUCCCAAGGGGGAUACAGGUAUACAAGGAAUCCAGGGUGUCAAGGGUGCACAGGCGGAAAAAGGCAGUAAAGGUCCCAAAGGCCAGGUUGGUGACAAAGGCCCCCUGGGGCCCCAGGGAGUGCAGGGCGUGCGGGGCCCAGGAGGAGAGCCCGGUCGCAAAGGGCCCGUGGGAACCAAAGGCAUCCGGGGCGAGGGAGGCCUCUUAGGCUUCCAGGGCCUGCCAGGACCACCUGGCCCGACCCUCUCCGCACAGCACGUCAUCGAGGUCUGCAAGCGCGUCGCCCUCGAGCAGAUGUCUACCUUCGCCAACUCUGUGAAGCGGACGUGCGCCGCCGUCUGCCCCCUCUACGGAGACGUGCCCAUGGGUGCCCCUGGACCCCCCGGACAGAAGGGACCCCCUGGACCAGCCGGUGACCCUGGUACUGGUGGUGUUGAUGGUGAAGAGGGACAACCAGGCUUCUAUGGAGAGGCAGGUGACCCAGGUAGAGCAGGAUCGCAAGGUGAGGAAGGAGAACAAGGAGAUAAAGGAGCCAAGGGCUACGGCCUGCCGGGCUACAUGGGAGACCAGGGUUCAUUGGGUCAGAGAGGCAGGGUUGGACGAGCCUUUAAUGGACGUGCUGGAGAGACGGGCGAGAGAGGCCAUGGUGGACGCCCCGGCCUCAGGGGUCAUCCUGGCCUGCGUGGGGUACCCGGGAUUUGCCUGACCAGCGGCUGCGCUGACCUCGGCACAAGCGGAAGUGGCGUCCCCCUGCCCCAAGUACCCGUACCUGUACCUGUCCGACCAGCAUCCAGGCCACAGUCUCCCGGGCGCUUCCGAGGACGCGGUUAAAACCAUCAACAACUGAAGGCAAAACAAAACAAACACUUUUUAGUCACUUUUUUAAGGGUGGGGUUGAUAGAAAGGAGAAGAACCUUGCUGUUCAUGCAAAGGUCUGCCUAUGAUUGGAAAAUGGUGAAAUAUGUAAAUAUGUGUGCCAAAUCUGUAUUGACAAAGACUGAAACACACUCACUGCUCUUUUGUUUCAUUCACCAUUACGUCUUUAACAUCAGGAAGGGAAAACAACCAAGAAACUUUAAUGAAGGCAGGUGAAUUAUUAUUUGACUUGAUUUCGAGUUAUCCUCGGUCAUCGCUUUUUGACUUGGAAUAUUACUGUUCUUUGUAAUAAAAUGUGGAAAAAAACGACUAGCUUUGCCAUGCCACCUUUUCCACUGUUUCUUAUGAUGAAUGAGUUGUACUGUGUUCUGUAUUUGAGCAAUGCUGGAUCAUGAACAUAACCACAGGGUAAUGAUCCUCUCUAAUUAUGUGAUUUCAGCUCCAUUAUGAUAGGAAUAAAGUAGUUGUAAUCACUUAAUAAUAACAUAUAAUUACAAGAUAAGCAAAUAUCUAGCCUCCUAAGGCUUGCCAGCACGCAAUUAAAAAAUGUGUCAGAUUAUGCACACAACCUGGUGUAUGGUAUUAUAUUAGCCACAGUGUGGCACAUAAUCUGCAAACCAGCAUGGACGUUUGAGUAACAGCUUCUCUUCACCCAUUUUCAAUAGUCAAUUAUUUCAGAUGUUAAACAUUCCUGGGACGUUUUUAGAGGAUGUGUUUGUGCAUGGUUCUUUCUAUAUCAUGUUGCCAUGUUAUUAUUUAAUACUCUGUUAUCCGUUUAACAAAAACAACUUGGAUUAAACGAAUUUGCAAUGUAGCGAUGCUACAUUGAAA